GAAAGUUAUGAUGACGAGUGCAUAUCUUUUAUUAAAAAGCUACCACAGCCAUACACCAUACAGCUUCUUAGCUUCCUCUUCGCAUCAUGUUCUGGAAUCUGGCCUGUAUUUUUUAUAUUGAAAUCUAGUAUAUUAAAGUUUUCCUGAUUUUAUGCUGUGUUUUGUCGCUAGUAAUCUCUGCUUUAGUACACACCUUAGUUAUCAAGGACUUGGCUUCCAAAAGUACCUAUGUUAACUUUGGUUUGGCACAGACACACAUGUUUAUCAGCAUAGUUUAGAUUUAUUCACACUAUUUCCUGCAACUUCUUCUAUGCUGCUAGUAAAUUAGUUAACUUUAGGAGAGCUGUCCUAGACAUCAAAGAAGAGUCCUUUAUCAAUUUUGAAAAAUUCAUAUAAAAUGAUAUCUCCCUUUCUAAUUUCAUAAGCAUGUUACAUGCAGACCAAAAUUGUGUAGUUACCAAACAAACAUAAUUUUGAAUUCAAGUAGGUGCCAUAUAUAGUUCCUUUGGUCGUAGUUAGCUGUAGGGGGAUGUAAUUACAGCGAGCUCCAUGAACAACAAUUGAGUUGGAUGCCUGGAUAAAAAUGGCUGUUCAAAAUUCUCUCCAAAUAACUAGAAGUGGUACUGGAGGUUAUGAUGAUGAUGGACGUGCCAAGAGGACUGGAACUUUAUGGAGUGCUGUGGCUCAUAUCAUCACAGCCAUUAUUGGUGCUGGUGUUCUGUCUCUAGCUUGGAGUACUUCCCAAUUGGGAUGGAUUGCAGGACCAGUUUGCUUGCUUUUUUGUGCAAUUGUCACCUAUGUUUCUUCAUUCCUCCUUUCCGAUUGUUACAGAACUCUGGAUCCUGUAACUGGGAAAAGAAACUACUCUUACAUGGAUGCUGUUAGAGUCUAUCUUGGCAAUAAAAGGACAUGGUUGGCUGGUUCACUUCAAUAUUUGAGCUUGUAUGGGGUUAGUACUGCUUAUGUAAUUACCACAGCAACCUGUUUGAGAGCAAUACUGAAAUCAAAUUGUUAUCACAAGGAAGGGCAUCAGGCUCCUUGUAAAUAUGGGGAUGCAGUAUAUAUGAUGCUGUUUGGACUAGUUCAGGUCAUAAUGUCAUUCAUACCAGAUCUCCACAACAUGGCAUGGGUUUCAAUUGUUGCGGCCAUAAUGUCCUUUACAUACUCAUCUAUUGGACUUGGACUUGGCAUCACAACAGUAAUAGAAAAUGGAAGAAUUAUGGGUAGUUUAACAGGAGUACCGGCUUCAAAUAUUGCUGACAAGUUAUGGUUAGUCUUCCAAGGAAUUGGUGAUAUUGCCUUUGCCUAUCCAUACACAGUCAUCCUCCUUGAGAUACAGGACACUCUAGAGUCUCCUCCACCAGAAAACAAGACCAUGAAAAAGGCCUCCAUGAUUGCUAUCCUCAUUACAACAUUCUUCUACCUCUGCUGUGGAUGCUUUGGAUAUGCGGCUUUUGGAAAUCAAACACCAGGAAACCUCUUGACAGGGUUUGGAUUUUACGAGCCUUACUGGCUCAUUGACUUUGCCAAUGCUUGCAUUGUUCUUCACUUGGUAGGAGGAUAUCAGAUUUACAGUCAGCCGAUAUAUGGUGCUGUUGACAGAUGGUGUUCAAAAAGAUACCCCAACAGUGGAUUUGUGAAUAAUUUCUACCAAUUGAAACUGCCUCGGUUGCCAGCUUUUCAGCUAAACAUGUUCAGGAUAUGUUUUAGAACAGCUUAUGUGGUUUCCACGACUGGACUUGCGAUCCUAUUUCCUUACUUCAAUCAAGUUAUAGGAGUGUUAGGAGCCUUAGGCUUUUGGCCAUUGGCUAUAUAUUUCCCGGUAGAGAUGUACUUUGUGCAGAGGAAAGUUGAAGCUUGGUCUAGAAAAUGGAUUGUCCUCAGGACCUUCAGCUUUAUUUGCUUUCUGGUGUCAUUACUGGGUCUCAUUGGAUCACUUGAAGGAAUCAUAAGCGAGAAACUAAGCUAAUGAAGGGUGCUUCAUUUGUUUGAGUUUAAUGUCUUGUUGCUCAUAUCUUCCAUGUAAUUCAGUUUCAUGCUAAUUCUAUUACUAUUGAGAGUUAAUAAAGGGGAUACCAAUUAUGUGGGGAUGUGUCAAAAUGAAGGUGGUGUUGAGCAUGGUAUAGUUCUGUUUGGUGAAGAACUCCCUUUAAAGGUGUAAUGCUACAUAAACAACUCUCUAUGCACAUAAACUUGUAUUGAUACUGGAUUAUUAGAUUUAGCUAAAAAAUUGUGCAAGGUCACAUUAAACUUUGUUUUAGAUUGACA